AUGACAUACAGACUAUUUCGUUGUACGAUAAAUUUCAACGGAGUUUUGAAGAGAGAAAAUGGUACAAGAGACACGCAAACACAUUGGUCGUUAAAAGAAAAAAUAGAAGAGGAUGCUGCGAUAACAAAUCCGAAAAGGCAGGAAGGAACGCAAAAUGCCCCAAGGAAGCAUUCACUGGCAAGGGACGCAGAGAAGAGCCUGCGGUCCAGGAGCUCACUGGAAUGUCCAGGUGGUGAGAGGCAAAGUGACAACGCGGUGUUUGUGGUACGCCUGCAAAGCUCUCGGAAUUGGUCUACUACUAAUGGUUUUAGGAGCUUGCAUGGCGACCAUAGGAUACUUCGCAGAUCAACUGUCCGUGGCACAAGAAAUCAGAGGUAAUCUAACGAUAAGAGUGAAGAAUGAAUCACGUGGAUUCCAUCUAAAUAACCUCAGUUAUGCUGGACCGAUCGUAAUGGGAGUAGGAGGUUUUAUCGUAGUAGCAGCCUGUGUAAUGACCUUCGAGGCUCGUGAUAACGCUGCCAAAGUGGUGCCGGCCCGUUUUCGCUUUAAUCAAACGUCGACAAUAAAAAAUACGAGAAAUCAACGGAAUCGUAGGUCUACAUCUAGUCAAACAACCAAAUGGGAUCACCAACUCGGUGUGUUCAAAGUAAACAGAAGUCCAAGUCCAAGCAUACACGAAGUCUCUAGGAAACAAUUGACCGCGGAGUUCUUGCAAUUCUCUAAAGAACUAAGCGAGAAACAGACUGGGCACUCGAUUAAGAAAAGCCCCAGUGCACCAACGUUAAUUGAGAAGAAAUCACCUCGUAAAAGAACGCCAAAAUACGCUGGAUGCGCGUUAUUAAAUCCAGAAUUGUUACAGAGGCAUGCUCUUUCUGUUGAUAAUCCAAGCUACAGUCCUCAUCAGGUCAGCAGGGAAAGUUUGGAUCAACAAAAAAUGGGAGGCAGCCAAGUUUCAAUGGCAAUGGAUUUGCACAUUCCUAAUAAAGGUCCAGUUACGUUGAAAGUUAAAGAUAGAUCGGAUACUGCGAGACGUCAUCAACUGCUUCGACAAACGAAAGUUGAUUAUGUCGAAGAAGUUGAGGAAGCAGUUAAAUCUCCGACGGGUCGUGGUUAUUCGCCUAAGUUAUCAGGUGCCUACAGCAAAUACCCAGACGAUUUUGUACCGAGAAAAAGAAACUCGAUAGACAUAAGAUUAUUUGAGGAAUUGACCGCGUCGAAAGAUCUUACAAAAAUAUCCCCCAGAGACUUCCGCAAAAUCUCCUCGCCGAGCUUCCAUAAAAUGUCAUUUGACAAAGCUGGAAGCGAACGUAGAAUUGAAAGAAUGAUGGGCCAACGUAAAGCUAGUCUGGAGUUCAGGAAGAGUCCCGAUUUUCGCAGAGGGGAUUAUAGAAAAUUGUCAGUGGACAGAUUCUCCAUUGAUUGCACAAAAUACCUAUCUGACGAAGUGGAAAUGAGGUCAAGGGCAAGCAGUGGUGAAAAUCUAAAACGACAACGACAAGCGAAACUGCACCAUUCUAGGUCGGACGACAAUAAGAGAGCAUCUUUCGAGAAACAGCAGAAAGACGCGCAAUCGAGCAGAUACUCUUUGAACACGCAAGCUGUUAUCGAAAGUGGCGGUUCCGAAUCCGAGUUCAAGUACUUCACGGCAGCAUCUCUCGACACUGAAGAAAGUCGAGCGGACAACUCUGACGAUAGUCAUGCGAUCGAUGUCGAUGAACCUAUCGCCGCGAAUGUAUCGUCCGAUGGACCGACUGAAGUUGAUGCCUUACUUGAGGAACCUGAAUUAGAAAAUGUCCCGGAGAUAGAGAUAGAAACGCCGAGGGACGAAUUGGACGAGACUGAAACACGCAAUGAAAUUUCAUUAAUAACCGAAAAUUUGAUAUAUAAUAAUCAAGUAUCGAAGGAACAAGAACAGAAAAAGAAUAUUCAUAGUGAUGAUGCGAUAUUGCAUGAUUUUGUAAAAAGCAAAGGAACUACUUUGUACAUAGAGGAUGAUGAAAUUUGAAGAAACGAUACUCUCAAUUAAUGGACUAAUUACCUAUAAAAAAAUAAUUGGAUUGAGAGAUUUAAGAGAUAUACGAUUACUUCGAAUGAUUGAAAGAAAAAAAGCUUCGCAACAGGUAAAAAUGAGAAAUGUAAAGGCUGACUGUGAACAAAUUUACACGAAUGAAUCCCCAAGUUUUGAGUGAGAAUAGGUUCGCAUUUUCCACGUUAGAUACACGUUUAGUAGGAUAUUGUGAAAUUGUUUGUUGUAAAAGGUUGAUACAGUCACUUGUUAUUUGAUAACAUAUUCCUUAGAAAGGUAAAUAUUCAUAAUAUUGAAUAUGUAAGUUUAAUGGAACAUUGCGCGAGUUAGUAAAAUUACAGCCACGUUUAGGCAAGAUAAACUUACAAGUCUAGAUAUAGUUUUACGUGCAAGUUUGUUACGAUCCUAUUUUUACUUGUAAUUUAGACAAAAUUUAAAUCAGGAAUAAGUGUAUGGACUAUUAAAAUUAGAAUAAUUGCUUCAUAAAAGAUAAAUAUUUUUCCUAAUAAUAACGAACUCACUCCGAAUCUUACGUUGUUUCACUGUAUCUUAUUUUAUGAUUCAUUAUAUAAUUAAAUAUUCUAUCUUUCAAUUCCGAACUACAAUAUAUAGUAACGUAAUGUGUGCUCAAUGAUCUCAAAACAUAGUAUAAGUGAAGCUAAUAUGGCUUUUCACAAAUUGCGUUCUGUUGCAAGACAAUCAUUUUCAGAAGAACAUUAUUUUCUUAACGAAAGAAACAUGAUAAACAUAAAAGCUUGCCGCGAUGAUGACAAAUAAUAUACCCUCUUAAAAGUGAUCGAUCAAUCUGUACAAAAUUAACGUUUACCUAUAACGAAGGUACAUAAAAGUUAUGUUGAAAUUACGAUACAUAUUUCUACCGAGAAUAAUCAUACAAAUCUUUUACGCUAUAUUCUUUUUACGUUAUACAAUUUUCUCAAUGUCUAUGAUACGAAAAAUAAAGCGAAAAGACAAUGACAGUUGCAAAACGAAAAUGUUGAAAAUUAUUCACGUGAUUUCAUAUUUGGCAAUGUAUAAAAAGCCCUUCAAGUCGCUUGAAAAAUAUUUAACGUAAAUACAUAAAUGCAUUUCAAAUAUUUCGAAAAAAUUGUUAAUAUGUAUUUGUAGCGAAACUUUACUAAAAAUGUAUUUUCCAAUUUUUAACACAUAUGAUAAAUCGUAUUAUCAUUCCUCAAUCUAUAUUAACUAUUAAAUGACUGCUACAAAAAAAUAUAUACAAUACAUAUAUAUAUAAAAGAAUGCGUUGGAAUUUCAAACAACAUAUUUCUUAAAUUGAAACGAUAAACAAUAUAUUAAAUAAUAUAAAGGAAAAAUCAAUGUAUUUAUGACAUUUAUAUAUGACACGAUUUUGUCAUAUCGUAUCAAACUCGUUUAAAUACGUAUGACGUACAAUGUUAUAUUUACACAGCGUUGAGCUGUCCCUUGUAACACAUUUGUGAAAGUACAGUAAUUCGAAAAGAAUUAACUGUCAAAAUCUUUCUUGUUCUAUUGUUAAACGUUUCACGAGUUGAGGCCUAUUUCAUUAUACCUGCAUAAAAUAUCAAAAUCGUUCUUAAAUUCCAUGAAAAAAUAUUUUUCCUUGGAUGAUAUAAUAAGAACGAAGGAAUUAAAUGAAUUUUGUAGGUAUACUCGAAUCGAGUGUAAAAGAAAA